AUGGAGCAAUUACCACCAAAAGUCCCAUCCAUGGCACACAAUUGGACUUCAUUUCCAUUCCAAAUGAUGCCACUUCAUGCUCAGCAAAAUUCAUGGGUUGAUGAAUUCCUCGACUUCUCCUCGACAAGGCGGAGCAUGCACCGGAGGACGGCGAGUGACCCUGUCGCCUUCGUUGAAGAGUCGGGCAAUAAUAAUAAUGGGUUUGAGAGAUUGGAUGAUGAGCAGCUGAGAGACAUGUUUUCUGAUGAUAUGGCGGACGUGGGGCCUACUACGAGGUCUUCGUCUAAUCCUUCCUCGCCAUCGGAUCAAAACGGUGAAAACAUUGAGAAGAUAAAAACGGUGGUGGAGGUGGAGGAGGAGCGCCACUGUGUGCAGCCGAAGAAUGAGCCUGGUGAGGUGCAUAGUUCAUGCAAACCACCAGUAGAGUCAUUGCCUCCUGCCAAGUCUUCUGAUAAUGCUUCUGGGGAUACCAUUGUUGACCCAAAGAGGAUCAAAAGAAUUUUGGCUAAUCGUCAGUCGGCUCAAAGAUCAAGAGUGAGGAAGUUACAAUACAUUUCAGAGCUUGAAAGGAGUGUAACAACAUUGCAGAGUGAAGUAUCAGCUUUGUCACCAAGAGUUGCACUUUUAGACCAUCAAAGGCUGCUUCUUAAUGUUGAUAACAGCGCUCUUAAGCAGAGAAUUGCAGCAUUGGCUCAAGAUAAAAUUUUCAAAGACGCCCAUCAGGAAGCAUUGAAGAAGGAGAUAGAAAGAUUGAGAAAAAUAUAUCAUGAACAAAACAUUAAGAAGAUGGGUGGUAAAGCCACCGCGGAAGCACAACCACCACAACCACCGGUAGCCGCCACCUUCGAAUAA